AUGACCCUUCGCUGUGCUGUGCAGGCUCAGUGUGUGAAGGACGASAGCCACUAUCCCCAUUUCCACCAGGCAACGCGGCCCCGCGCCAAGCGGCCCCGCGGGACGCUGCCCGCCUGCCCCGCGCACCGCCCGGCCGCGGGCGGCCGCGUGCGCCAGGCCUUCCCGCCCGCCGUGGAGGAGGCGCUGUGCGGCCUCACCGGCGCCCUGCUCGAGCUCGCCUACUGCCUCCAGGCGCUGGGUGAAUUUUUUGAUCAGUCACACGUGGCCCUACCAAAUGUUUCCAAGUUCUUUCUGCAUCAAGCUAUGGAGGAGAGAGAAGCUGCAGAAGCUUUGAUGAAGUAUCAGCAAGAAAGAGGAGGCCACUACUGUUCUAGAACCAUCCAGAAGCCGAACUGUGAGUACGCAGUCAGUCUGAUGAAAGCCCUGGAACUCGCGAUGCACCAGUGGAAAACUAUGACGCGGUAUUUUGAAGAGCUUUACGCACUCAGCCUGGAAAAUGCCGACCCGCACAGUGCGAGCACUAUCAAGAAGCGAUUCAUYGAGCCCAAAAUCCGGAAGGUCAAGCUGAUGGGAGAUCUUCUUGCCAAUGCUCGCAGGCUCGACUGUUCCCAAGAUGGCAGAAACAGUCUUGGGGAUUAUUUCAUGGACCGCUUCCAGAAAGAGUUCAGAACAGGCGUAGAUCCAGAGCCUAGUAAGAGGGGUAGCCCCUGCCCACCUCUCCAGCAACGCACAGGAGCUGCAGAGGCUCUGAAGCGCCCCCAGAGAGAAUCCUCCCAGCACAGGAACGGCAUAGGGCCCAUAUAUGCAACUGUGUAUUGCACUGCCUCAGUGCCACAGUGCAACGAUGGGACGGGAGCAAAAGUGAAGCAGGGCAGGGAGGGACUCUAACGCUAUGGCUGUUAGAGCUAUGGAGCAACUCCUAAGGCUCAUCUCUCUAGAGUGUGACCUUGAGACCAGCACCCAGGAGACACCCUGGGUUACUCCUGUAUCACUCUCCCUUCUUUACAYCUGGCCCUCACCCUCUGAUGAGCCACAACUCCAAGUCUAGCCCAUACAAUUGUUUAAAUUGUAGUGAGAUUGCUAGUCACCCAGAUUAUUUGUAUCAAUCAUAUUCUUAUCUAUGCAGUUCUUACCUAGAAGAUGCCUCAGUGUAGAAACUAAAAGCCUUUAGGCCUCUCUUCGGGCUUAAAUGAUUUGCUAGUAUUAGUUAAAGCCAAUUAUUUUUAAGGGUGUAUACAAGUAUUAUUACAAGUAUUAUAAAAAUGCUUUGGUACAGGGUCACUUUUAUAUGGGACAAAAUCCAAAGAGCAAGCUUUAUAUUAAAUAUCUUACAUUAGUAUGGUAACAUUAUGAAUUUUUUAAAAGACUUAUUUUAAAGCAAGAUGGAUUUCUUGUCUGCUUUCUGUCAUAGUAGCAACUUAAAUAACUGAUUUAUAAGUAAAUGAAUUAACUUUUUUUUUUUUUUGGUAUACUCCUUCACUAGGAAGGAUACUAACUUUCUCAAGGUGGGAACAAGAUAAGAUUGUAUUUCACUGCAGUUACUUACCUUGUUGCCUUUUGUAAUAAUCAAAAAGAGGAUGAGCUAUAAAUCAGGGGUUCUCAGCUGUGGCCUUCACAGUUUCUAUUUUACAAAUACAGUCCUCAAAGGCUAGAUAGUCCUCAAAGGUCCAGAUACAGCCUGGGACAGUUACCUUAAUUACCACACAAAUGCUGUUUGGGCUGCAUAUGGUAUGGGCUUACUGUGGUGGUAGAUGACUACUGGUAAUUUAGUGCCAGAUCUCUGUAUCUUGGCCCCAGGUGGAUGAAUAACAUCCUAGGGAAAGUGCAGCACACUUGGCUAAAAGUGCAUUACAAACGUGGCCUCCUGUGAAUUUUGCAUUUCAACUGGGGUGUGUGUGGCGGGGGGAAGUCAUUGACACGAUCGCCCUCACAACUCUUGCUUUAGCCAGCUGGGUUAAAGUUCAGGGGAGUCUAAAUUCCUUCGAGCCAGCCCCUGCAGGAGUUCCUCUCUCUACCCUGACUAACAAGGUCACCUAGAAGAACAACUGACUAAAUCAGCUGUCUGGAACUAGGUUUCUAAGUCAGUUAUGUAGCACAGCUUUUAGGCAAGUGGCRUGUGCUCCAGUGAAAGAUCAACACAAGUUCUUAUGUUAUACUAUAACCAAUAGUCUGAUUGCUAAAUUUGAAAAUAAAUUCAGUUCAACAUAAAAAAAUCUGCAUUCUAUUUACCAUACCYGCAUACUAAUAUUCUUCUCC